AUGCCAAAACCCAAAAUUACAAUGACAUAUGAUAGAAAAAUUCGAAGAACGAAACAUUCCACGACAACAAAAACUGCUACAAAAUCGGCGUCUUCCGAAUCCGUUUUUGGUUUUCCAAGCACUGCUUCACCUUCAUAUAGUAUUUCUGGUGGAAGUGCUAUUGGUGGUCAAAAGACUUAUGGAAAAGGUCGAACAAUUUUAGGGCAAGAUUUAGAUUCGAUUUUAAUUGAUCAAUUCAUUCCUUCACGGACCAGCUUUGACAUGGACCUAACUGAUGAUGACAUUAAUGACAAUCUGACGCCUAAGAAACAUGCUUUAAAACACUAUAAAUCGAGAAAAAAAAUUUUAUUGAAAAGUUCACGUGAACUUCGCGAAGUUGGAGAUAACACAAGCUUCACAGAUGAAAUGGACUAUAUUUUCGGCGGAAUUGAAAAUCGAUCAAUAAAUGUUCGUAGAAACAGUGUGAUGGAUCUGUUAUCAAAAUUAUUGGAUGGCGAUUUUCUACUCAAAAUUCGUGCACAUAAUUAUAUUUCUAAAAUUUAUACCAUAUUAGAUAGAAAUCAAGAUUCGUUAAUUAGAUGUUUAUUUUCAUUCAUCAUAUGUAUAUUUAUGGAGGACAAAAAUAGUUCAAUUCAUUUGAUUAAGGAACACGAUUUUGUGGGAUUUAUUGUGAAUUUAUUAAACUCCUCAUCAGAUCCUUUGAGCACUGAUUACGAUUCCUUGAAAAAACCGGAAAAGUUAUUGGUUGAUGACUUUAAAGAAAUUAUACUUAAAUCAACAAUCUUCAAGGAGAAUUCUCAGAUUUCGCUUAAAUCCAUAGCUCUUCGUAUACUUUCUUCCCUAUCUACAUUAAAAACUCGUCAUGAAAAUGAAAUAAAAAGAAGAAUGCGCACUUCAGGAGGGUUACUAGCAGUGAUUAAAAUCCUAAAAUCUGAACUUGAAUUAGUAGAUGGGUUAUUAUCAGCAAUUGAGAAUGGUAAGAGCUCACAACAAGAUACCUUAGAUUUUAAAUUAAUUGAACAGUGUUUGAAAAUUUUAGAGUGUGCUACUCUUUUCUGUUCUGAAAAUCAAAUAUAUAUAGUAGAAGAUAGAGAUAUUUUACACAUGCUUUUAGAAUUAUUGCUAUAUUGUCAAGUAGAAUCCUUUGAUAAUAGUGCAGAAGUAUUAUCCUUAGUAUUAGAAUGUUUACUCGCCACUCUUAAAGUAUUGAUUAAUUUGACCAAUGAAAAUCUAUCUGCUUGUCAAUAUGUUGGGUCUCAAUUAGGAAUGUCGAUUUUGAUGAGAUUGGCCACUGUUGGACAACUUCCUAGGGAAGAGUCUAUUAUAAAUAAUACGGUUCCUUUCAUGAUGGAAAUAGAUAGUAUCGAGAAUUCAGAAUCUGUAGAUGCUAUCAAGUUUGAUGUGUUAUUACUUAGUAUUGGGCUGCUCAUCAAUUUGGUUGAAACUGAUCCAAAUAACCAAGAUGAAUUCCGGAAAGUUGAUCAAUAUCCAAUGUGUCCUGGUUCGCGAAAGUGUAUGCGUACUUGUACAUGUUUGCCGCGUGUAUCGGCUGUAUCUUGUCUUGUUUCCUUAUAUAACUAUCAGCUUGGAAAAGAUGAUGAUAAGACUGAUAGCAAUAUCGCGGCAGCAUAUAUGGCUCGAUUGCCGGAUCGAUCGGUCAGUUCUUUAAUUAAUCUUCUGCAGCAGUUCGUACAUUUCAAUGAAUUAGUCGGUGAAGAGGCAACGGCAAAUGGUCACGUAAGUGGACAAAUGUUAAUGAGUUCCUCUUCACUCGAAAAUCAAGGAAGAACCAUUGGGGAUUCGUUUUUAGAAAUUGUAGAUAUGUUAAAAUCCUUGGAAACAUAG